AUGACCCUGAACUUGCUCACAGGCCUCACCCUUUAUUUGGACAGCCUCCAGGUAAGGAGGAGGAUGCUGGAGCUGAGCCUAUCCAGGCUGGGACUCGGGCCUGUGGCAGCCUCCCCGUGGCUGCUGCUGCUGUUGGUUGGGGCCUCCUGGAUCCUGGCCCGUGUCCUGGCCUGGACCUACACCUUCUACAACAACUCUCGCCGCCUCCGAUGUUUCCUGCAGCCCCCCAAACCCAACUGGUUCUUGGGUCACAUGGACCUGGUGCCCCCCACGGAGCAGGGCCUGAUCUACUUCACUCAGAUGGCGGCCAACUACCCCCGUGGAUAUCUGAUCUGGUUUGGCCCCAUUGUCCCAAUGGUCAUCUUCUGCCACCCUGACAUGCUCCGGAGCAUCACCAACGCCUCAGCUGCCAUUGCACCCAAGGACAUGCUGUUCUAUGGCACUCUAAAACCCUGGCUGGGGGAUGGGCUCCUGGUGAGUGCUGGUGACAAGUGGAGCAGCCACCGUCGCAUGCUGACACCCGCCUUCCACUUCAACAUCCUGAAGCCCUAUAUGAAGAUUUUCACGAAGAGCGCAGAGAUCAUGCAUGCCAAGUGGGAGCGCCUGGUCACAGAGGGCCACACCCAUCUGGACAUGUUUGAACACAUCAGCCUUCUGACCUUGGACAGUCUGCAGAAAUGUGUCUUCAGUUUUGACAGCAAUUGCCAAGAGAAGCCCAGCGAAUAUAUCGCCGCCAUCUUGGAGCUUAGUGCGCUUGUGUCAAAAAGAAACCAACAGAUCUCCCUGUACAUGGACUUCCUGUACUACCUAACCUCAGACGGGCAGCGCUUCCGCAAGGCCUGCCGCCUAGUGCACGACUUCACAGAUGCUGUCAUUCAGGAGCGGCGCCGCACUCUCCCCAAGGAGAAUGUUGAUGACUUCCUCAAGGCCAAGGCAAAGACCAAGACUUUGGACUUCAUUGAUGUGCUUCUGCUGACCAAGGACGAAGAUGGGAAGGGAUUGUCAGAUGAAGAUAUCCGGGCUGAAGCUGACACCUUCAUGUUUGAGGGCCAUGACACCACAGCCAGUGGUCUCUCCUGGAUCCUGUACAACCUUGCAAAGCACCCAGAAUACCAGGAGCGCUGCCGGCAAGAAGUGCAAGACCUUCUGAGGGACCGUGAGUCUAAAGAGAUUGAAUGGGAUGACCUGGCCCAGUUGCCCUUCCUGACCAUGUGCAUCAAGGAGAGUCUGCGGUUGCACCCCCCAGUUACCAGCAUCUCCCGCCGCUGUACCCAGGACAUUGUGCUCCCAGAUGGCCGGGUCGUCCCCAAAGGUGUUGUCUGCCUCAUUGAUAUUUUCGGGACCCACCACAACCCAUCUGUGUGGCCAGACCCUGAGAUCUAUGACCCCUUCCGCUUCGACCCAGAAAACAUCAAAGGGAGGUCACCUCUGGCUUUUAUUCCCUUCUCAGCAGGUCCCAGGAACUGCAUUGGGCAGACCUUCGCCAUGACUGAGAUGAAAGUGAUCUUGGCGUUCACCUUGCUGCGCUUCCGCGUUCUGCCGGAUAAGGAGCCAUGCCGGAAGCCAGAGCUUAUCCUGCGCACUGAGGGCGGACUCUGGCUGCGGGUGGAGCCGCUGAGCGCAGGCCAGCAAUGA